AUGCCCAAACGACCCAAGCGGCACAUCAAACCCAAUUUGCACGCCAUAAACCCCGAUGCCCUCCCCCGCGAUCCCGGUGCCCACGCCGAAACCUCCAUGGCGAAGUUUAGGCGUAAAGUUGAGGAUUGGUCUAAAAUGAACCCGAACGAGCUCGAGGCCGCGGUGAAGGAAUUCGAGGCAAAAGAGGUGGAAAGCAGCCGCGUGUUGGCCGAGGAUUCGAUUUACCAGAUGGAUGUCUCCCUCCGGACGCGCCAGCAGUCCGCGGUACGGGUGUUUUGGAAGGAUGUCGACGUGCAGCCCUUGGAGAAGUACGAAGGCUGGUAUAGCAUUCUUCUUGAUGGCCGAAAAGUGCGUGCCUUCGAGUCGACGCAAAUUCUCGCGGUCCCAAACGAGGAGAUGGCCUAUUGCUGCGCGAAGGAGUACUCGGAGCAAAGCGAGUACCUCAACAAACUUCUCAUGCCCAUGACGGAUAUUUGUAGUGGGGUUCAACACAUCGCACCGCAGAUGAUCUCCCCGCGAAUUGACUACCUUAUGUCGUUUUAUCAAAACGACAACAUGUACUUCCGAAGCGCGCCAAUCGCGGCGAUGCAGAACAAACUAAUUUCACCCGUGACCGAGUGGUUCUCUCGAGUCUUCGAAAUCGAUGUCCCGAUCGUCGUGGGCAUCGGCGACCCCCAUAUCUCCCCAAACGAUGUCCUGAAAGUCCGGGAUCACUUGCUUUCCUGGUCAAUGAAUCCAUACCAAAUUGUGGCCCUUUGUGUGGCUACACAAUUCACGAGCAGUCUGAUAUUGCCGCUCGCGCUUUUUCACGGUGUUGUGGAUUUGCCCACCGCGCUGCGAAUCAACCGUUCUGAAGAAGGUCAUAAUAUCAAUGAAGCUGGACUUAUUGAAGGGUACCAUGACAUUCGGGAGGCCGAUGUGACCACCAAAAUUAGUGCGUGUGCGUUAGCGUGGAAAUUAAUGAAGGAUGUGGACUUAGCGAGGUGCUUUGAGGUUCUACGCACUUCACCAUUAGAUGAGGUGGAUGCAAUUUAG